UGUCUAUGUUUCUUUAAAACUCAAUCACCUUCCCUCUUAUAAACCCAUUCUACUUUGCAGGCAUUUGUGAAUCAACCUUUACAACACCCAAAACACCCAAGUUAAAAGAAAAACACAAAUCUUUUUCAUCAUCCUAGGACACAAAAAUGAAAAACAACAUUGGUAGUAACACAAAACUCAUACUCCUACAUCCUUAUAUCCAAAAACAAGGCACCUCCAAUCGUUAUUUAUUUGUUCUUGCUUUUAUUUCAUUCUUCACUCUUGCCUUUCUCCUCACUCUCAUUUACACCAGAGAAUCCAUCACAACUACUUCUGUAGCAGCAAUCUCUACCAUAACUGGUGCAACAAAUCCUCAACUGCCAAAAUCAGUUAUAAGAGCCCUUACGCAUUACGCUUCAAAUUCCAACAACACUGAACGUAUGUCGUAUACAGAUAUCAAACAAAUUGCUGAUGUUCUCCGACAAUGUCAACAACCUUGUAAUCUCCUUGUUUUCGGACUUACACACGAGACCCUUCUCUGGAAAGCCUUAAAUCACAAUGGAAGAACAGUAUUCAUCGAUGAAAAUAGAUAUUACGCUGCUUACAUCGAGGAGAAAUACCCGGAAAUUGAAGCUUACGACGUGCAGUAUACAACCAAGUUAAGCGAAAUGAAAGAGAUGAUCACAGCAGUUAAGGAACAAGGGAAGAAUGAGUGUAGGCCAGUGCAGAAUCUGUUGUUUUCCGAGUGUAAACUUGGGAUUAAUGACCUUCCUAAUCAAUUAUAUGAAGUUAAUUGGGAUGUUAUUUUAGUUGAUGGACCAAGAGGGUACUGGCCCGAGGCACCUGGUCGAAUGUCUGCUAUAUUUACUGCUGGAGUAUUAGCACGGAGCAAGAAGAGUGGCAACCCGAAAACACAUGUUUUUGUGCAUGAUUUUAAUCAAAAAGUGGACAGAAUUACAAGUGAUGAGUUCUUAUGUAAAGAGAAUCUGGUGAAGUCGAAGGACAUGUUGGGACAUUUUGUCAUAGGAAGAAUGAAUCCCAACUGCUACAACUUCUGUCACAACCAUAUAUAACUUGACACCAGCAACUAAUGGAUCAAUGUAUUGUUUUAUAAGGUGAAUUUCGUAAUUUAAUGAUGUGUGAAAUUUUGGAUUUAUUAUGCUAGGGGAAGGAGGGUCCAGGGUACAGGGGACAGGUGCAAAAAUUAAAUAACUCUGUUUUGGGCCUUGCUUAAUGAAUUCUCCUUCAAAUGAAAAGGCAACUAGUUCUAUGAAAGUCUGUGCACGUUUCCUGCGGCAAAUUGUAUACAGUGAGUACUAUCUUUUAUCAAAUGGGCUUUAUGAAA